AUGAUCGCCCCCUCCAGCCCAGCAACCGCAAGUCGUGCCUCAAGGAAACGCCAAUCGGACUUUUCUGUCGACCCGGCUGCCCUCUCGCCUAGUAAGACCGAGGAGAACAGUCCCACGAGGUUCGAGCCGUACAUGAUGACGACGCGAUUUGGCCGCAAGCCCCGCAUGACCGCGAAGGUCCAGGCAGCAGGAGGGCGCCGAAAUACGGAGGCGCCGGGCGAUCCACACCAAUUCUUCGACGCGAACGGCGAGCUCGAGAUGCCGACAUUAACGACCGGACCCUGCUUGCCAACGCCCGAGAUGGAUUGUAGCAGGUCACACGAUGUCCCGUACCAAGCAGCGCGCAGGGUGCCGCCGACGAACCCCAGGCCAACGCAAGCUCCCGGACGCCUCAAGGACGCCAAGAAUGACAACUCCUCCAAUGUCCAAAGCCCGGAGUCUCCCCUCUCCGCCUAA